UCUUUUCCAAAAAAUGCUUCCUGUAUCCACUCUGUUCUCUGCUGCAGAAAAUGAAAACCGAAACUUAACAGGGAAAAAGAAACUGAUGCGAGCGUCAGAGGAGUCCGGGGGAGGGAUUGAUUAUAAAAGGAGGGGACCAGCAGCCACAUAGAGGGCUUCUGUAGGUGGCAUCCUGCCUAACCAUCCAAGGCUCUUUCAGGAAAGCUCCGGACGCCAAGGCAUCCAGAUCUACCUAGAAUCACCAUGUGGAAGAAGUCAGUGACACUCCUUCUAGGUUAUCUGCUGCUGUUUAACUGCUGUGUGGAUGCUGACUCAAGGAGAUCCUCUGAUGAUUCCCAAGAUGGCUGUGGGAUCUGGGAUGCCCUUCCCUACAUGGUGGUAGGAGGAGGGUUGUUGGCUUUUGGCCUGCCGGCUCUGGGCUUCACAGGUGUAGGUAUUGCUGCCAAUUCUUUGGCCUCGACCCUGAUGAGCUGGUCAGCCGUGAUGAAUGGUGGUGGUGUGCCUGCCGGUGGGAUUGUGGCCACCCUACAGAGCCUCGGAGCUGGAGCGGGCACCACUGCCCUGGCUGGCGUGGGAGCCAAGGCUGGCUAUGAGAUCCAUCAGAAUCUUGUGUGCCAAAAGAAGAAGUGUGAUGAUUAAGGGGUGAGUGGGAGCAGAUAUCUACCAGUAAUUCUGACCAGCCAAUCAGCCUAGAUGAACCUUGCAGACUAGCCGGUCUUAGCAUUCUGGAUGAAUAAACGUGCUCAGAAAAA